AUGAGCCGCACUAUCGGCCCCAUGAGCAGCUCUACCACCCACCAUAGCCCAAGCCAUGCUCUAGAUAUACCCCUCCACCCCAUCGAGCCUCCUUCAUUCGCUUUGACUGCGAGAAGCCCCCCGACAUCGGCAGGAAGUCAAAUCAGCUCCAGACAAUCAAUCGCAACAACAAGCAGUGAAUCGUCCUAUCACUCCCACGAGACACAGUUGAUAAAAGCCACACACUUACGGGCCCAAGACGAAAUGGAAGUCCAGAAGAUGCUUCACAGUGUCCAGAUGUCAUGCCGGAUCUACAACCCAGAGAUCGAGCCAGAGCACGAAACUCAUACCCUAUGCGACUGCCCCGUUCACCAAUACUGGAAAAGGAAGUUUGAACGUCUGGGUGUUCUGGAAAUGUGGUCUAAAGCUGUGCUCUACCCCGGUGAAAAGGCAUAUCAUGACUUUUCACACCUGCGACUUUCAAACAACAAUCCAUACACUAGCAUUAUGUCGUCCUAUACACUCGCGACUUCAUCAUUACGAGGUACCGCGAAACCCGAUCCACAAUUUCACACGAGAUUUUUGCAAGAGACGAGGGCCCUGGAUUCGACCCUCAACGAGAAGGCACACGCAGACGUCCAAAAUUUGGAGCCGUCGGUCAACAUAUGGGAGCUUGAGCAGCUGGAGUCGCUGGUAUCAGACAUGUCGCAUACUCGUCGCCAAUCUGCGUCGGGCGAGCUGAAUGUUGAGAAAUCAACUAAACGCUCGAGUUUCAGAAAAGCCUUCUCUGUUAGGAGUUCGGAUGAGCGGACAGCGCUGAAGAUCAGAAAGAGACUGUCCGGGUCAUUUAAACUGCGCAGCGAGAUUAUUGAAGAAGAGCAGCAUCGAUGGCAAGAUGAAAGUGACAGGAUGCUUGUCUCAUUCUACCAGCAGCAAAUCGGAAUAUCUCGAAGUGUGAAGAAGCUACGAACGCACAAUCCGAUCCAAUAUCUUCAUCUUUUACGGGCCGGAUACUUCGAACCCAUACCAGCUGCCUGGGAGGGUCCAGCGUCAAACCCUUUACGAUUCACGAUUGAUUCUUCCGCGGGAUGGAGAGGACUAACACCUUCAUGGAGAGGUUACAAAACCACAGCCGAGGAGAGGCUCUACUGGAAUCUGAAACACCGACCUGGAGGAGAUGACAUAACGAAGAAAGAUUUGAUUUCUGAGUUUGAAAUGGCACAGGAACGAAUGGCUUCGGUGGCGCAGCCCCAUCCCCGAUAUCACUCACCUGAUGAUAUUUGCCAUACUCAGUACCCCUCUGAAACAUAUUCGAAGCAGAUGAAGCCUCCAUUUCAAGCGAACCCCGAUCCCAAACUCUCAACAGACAACACAAUCAUAUUGCUAGAUGCCUGUGGCUCAAUGGAUUCAACCCCCUUGAAGCCCAGAUAUAACCAAUAUCUUAUCACAGCACUCUUCAAAUCCAAUCAACCGAAACAUCAAGAAUUGACUAAAGCGGUAUUACGACGAUUCUUUGAAUCACUGAGCAAGCAGGACAAUAACACACACGGUUACCAAUUCGUGACCUUCAACAGCCAAGCCGACUACUUCGAUAUGAUCAACCAUCGGAAUAUCAAUGACGUUUGGAGCAGGAUUCAAUUUGGAGGGCUCAGUCGGGUCAUGAUUGGAUGGCAGAAGAUCAAGGAGCUCCAUUUCCAGAAGUACUCCGAGACUGCAACUUACCAUCCGAUGUACGGAUGGCAAGCUGGUCCUCAAACGCCCAGGUUACGACUUAUUUUGAUGCUUGGUAGUGAGAUCGGCGACAUGGAUGAGUUCGAACUGACUCUUCUCGGUGCCCCCUGGGCCCAUGUUACCAUAUUCCUCAUUGGAGUCGAUGAUUGUCCUCGUCAUCACCGACGAGCAGGGAGACUACAACGCAUGGCUCAUUCGAAUCCCCGAGUAUCAUUCGUUGAGGCUCAAGGGCUUGUCCCAGAACGCAUUGUUACACAUGAGCUUCUCAAGAGCCACCUUGGUCUGAACAUCUCCACCUCGGAAUUCGAGGAUCUCGAAAGGCAGCUUGUGGAAUUGCCGUCUCCACUGGUACAGAGGCCUCAAUCGGGCCAAUCUCGGUCGGGGCAAUCGCUCAUUGAGCUACUCUCGGUGGAAGAGUCCGUCUGGCGCCGAGGAUCCCAGCCUCCAAAUGAGACAGGCAUACAUGAGCUCCCGGACGAUCAAAGACCGGUAGAGCUACCGGCCACUGAGAUUUUGACACUGGCUCAGCGGCCUGCUGUGCCAAACCGGCCACCCCCGUUGCCUCCACAAUCAGAGGCAGACUAUUUCUUGGAUCCCCCGCCUCCUUACACCGAGGCUGAAUAG